AAGCCAUUCUCACAACUACCUAUCUCAUAAAUAGGAUGCCUACUAGGAUCUUAAAUUUCAAAACACCUUUACAGGUGUUCACAAACUGUCAUCCUACAUCUAGGCUAUCAUCUCCACUUCCUCUAAAAAAUUUUGGGUGCACUGUCUUUGUCCAUAUUCCUAACCAUAACAGGGGAAAACUUGACCCUAGGCCUAGAAAAUGUGUUUUUGUGGGAUAUGCACCUGCUCAGAAAGGAUAUAAAUGCUUUGAUCCAAUUUCCAAAAAAUUGUUUGUCACCAUGGAUGUAACUUUUUUUGAAUCCAAACCUUUUUUUGUAACUCAUCUUCGGGGGGAGAGCGCAAGGGAAGAUUCAGAUUCAGAUAUGUUUAAAAUAGAAAGAACACCAACACGAAACCCAAACAAUUUGCUUGAACCAUCAAGUUCAAAUCAAUUUGUUCACCCGAAUAUUGAAACUUUAGGAUUGGAUAUAACAUCUGAUACGUCCUUUGAAAAACCUGCUGAAAUUGAAAUUUUGAACCAAAAAAAUGAUGUUUUGAAUAUUGAGAGUUUGGAUGGCUCAUCUUUUCUGCCAUCUCACAAUCAAAAUCACAGUAAUAUUGACAAUAGGAAUAAAACAAGUACUAAAAAUUUAGAACCCUUGACCUACUCGAGGAGGAAGCAUAAUUCAAAGGAAAGCAAUCCCGAUCCUCUACAAGGCCAUGAAUACGAACUGAGGGAAGAACCAAACUCAUCCGAGUGUCCAGAAAUGGCGGCAGUGGAAGCAGAUGAUGAGGAGGAUCUUCUUGCUUUUGAAAAGAAGAAUCUUUCACCAUUACAACAGGUGUCCAUCCUAUCGACGGAAAUUUCUAGAAAACCUUUUCGAACAGAUCCAUACCAGAGGAUGAGCACUAACGGGACAGGCAGUAGCUCCUCAUGGACUAGAGAGCAGGAUAAGGCAUUUGAGAAUGCCCUCGCAAUCUUUUCUGAGGAAUCCAGUGAUCGAUGGGAGAAAGUUGCAGCAAUGGUCCCCGGGAAAACAGUUGAGGAGAUCAAACACCAUUAUGAGAUUUUAGUCGAAGACAUCAAUGCAAUUGAGUCGGAUCUUGUCCCUUUGCCUCACUAUAAGGAUUCUGCGAGUCGUGCAGGUGAUUUUGGUGUUGGUGAAGAGGGGAGCCAAUUUGGGCAAAUGCAAAGUGAUUCUCGCCAUGGAGGGAAGUCAUCAAGAUCAGAUCAGGAACGGCGAAGGGGAAUAGCUUGGACAGAAGAGGAACAUAGGUUAUUUCUUCUCGGCUUGGAGAAGUAUGGAAAAGGUGAUUGGAAGGGCAUAUCCCGGAAUUUUGUGGUAUCUAGAACACCUACGCAAGUGGCGAGCCAUGCACAGAAAUAUUUCAUUCGCCAAAGUUCUGCAAACAGAGAAAGGAGGCGGACAAGCAUUCAUGACAUAACCAGUGUCUGUGGAGGAGACACAUCAUCAACUCCACAAGGGCAAAUCACAGGGCAAGUGGAUGGAGUGGCUACUAUGGCGAAACCAACACUUAGCGAUCCUCAUCUUAUUUCAGCUGUUGGCGUUCCAGUGGAUCACCCUUCCUUGGCAGAGAUGUUGUCUGAUGUCAGAGCACCAACCCCAGGAUCACUCGUUUCUGGGACCUCAAAGGACAUGCCUCCAAUGACUUAUCUGCAACCUCAUUCAUCAGAUCAGAAGUGAGAGCUUGUUUGGUUUCAUCUUAAGCAGGUUUAUCUUAGUAUCAGUGGUGUGUUUGUCUGUAGUUAUUUUGUCUGGUCUAAGUACUCGAAAAAGGAGUUGUAUGAGAGUAGCGUAAACCAGGUAGAGUCGUUCAUUUUCUAAAUCCCUUUUAAACGGCUGUUGAGCCUUGUUCAUGUUUUGCUGAGAUUGUGUCAUAAUUUGCAAGUCUCUUAUUUUCUCUAGUUUCGAAAGUUGCAUUUAAGAGUAUAUAUGAUCAUGAGAGCAUGUUUUCUGUG